AUGCCGCCACACGGGAAGAUUGUCCUGCCCUGCCAGGGUCCCCAGGGGCCUACUCUUAGUCAUCCAGGAACAACCUCUUCUUUGCCACUUCCCUCUGUGGUGUUUUGGGGUGCCCUCCUGUGGGCUGGCUCCCUUGCUCAUCUGGCCUGGGGGACGGGUACCUUCACUGUGGGGGUGCUGGGCCCCUGGGACUGUGACCCCAUCUUUGCCCAGGCCCUCCCUGGUGUGGCUGCCCAGCUGGCUGUGGACAGAGUCAACGGGGACCCCUCAUUGUUGCCGGGCUCACAUCUGGCUUCCGUGGUUCUGCCAACAGGCUGCCACACUCCUCAGGCCCUGGCCACAUUCCUGACCCACAAGGACACUGUGGCUGCUUUUGUGGGCCCUGUMAAUCCUGGCUACUGCCCAGCAGCCGCCCUGCUGGCACAAAGCUGGGGCAAGACCCUCUUCUCCUGGGCAUGUGGGGCUCCAGAGGGAGGCCGUGAAUCAGUGCCCACCUUGCCUUCUGCUGCCCAGGUGCUGCUGACUGUCAUGAGAUACUUUGGUUGGGCUCACUUGGCCAUUGUGUCCUCCCACCAGGACAUCUGGGUGGCCACAGCCCAGCAGCUGGCCAUGAGUUUCAGGACACAGGGGCUGCCUGUGGGGCUGGUGACCUCUCUGGGACCUGGGGAACAGGGUGCCACGGAGGUCUUACAGCAACUCUGCAGUAUGGRCGGCCUGAAAGUUGUGGUGCUGUGCAUGCACUCGGCACUGCUGGGGGGCUCCGAGCAGACCGUGCUGCUGAGCCGCGCUUGGGCUGAGGGCCUGGCGGGCGGGAGGCUGGUCUUCCUGCCCUACGACACGCUGCUCUUCCCCCUGCCCUACCACAACCGCUCCUACCAGGCCCUGGGUGACACCGGGGCCCUGCAGGAGGUCUACGAUGCAGUGCUCACUGUCACCCUGGAGUCUGGCCCCAAAGACAAGGCCUUUGCUGCUGCCAGCAUGGAUGCACAGGCGGCUGCCCACCUGCAGCCAGAGCAGGUGUCUCCUCUUUUUGGAACCAUCUAUGAUGCUGUUGUCCUGUUGGCCCAUGCCCUGAACCACUCUGGGAGCCAUGGGGCAGGGCUCUCAGGAGCUCACUUAGGGGACCAUACAGGGGCUCUCAAUGUGGCAGGCUUUAGCCAGAGGAUACGAACGGACAAGAGGGGCAGAAGGCUGGCCCAGUAUGUCAUCCUGGACACAGAUGCUAAAGGAAACCAGCUGGUACCCACCCACAUUCUGGACACAGGCACAUGGCAAGUGCAGCCACUGGGCAAGGCCAUUCACUUUCCAGGAGGGGCACCUCCAGUCCAUGACUCCAGCUGCUGGUUUGACCCCAAUACGCUGUGUAUGAGAGGUGUGCAGUCUCCUGGCAGCCUCCUCACUCUGGUGCUGGCCUGUGUCCUGGCGCUGGCAGGUGGGGCCCUUGCGUACCUCUUCAGAUUGGGCAUCCAGCAGCUGCAAUUGGCAAGGGGUCCCCAACAGAUCCUGCUGACAGCCCAGGAGCUCACCUUCCUCCAUCGGCCUCCGAGUAGAUGGAGGUUGCAGGUGGACAGUGCAAGUGAAUCGAGGAGUGUGACAGAUGGCGGGAGCCUGAGGUCAAUGGCCCAGGGGUCAGCAAGGAGCCUGUCAGCCCCCCAGGAGCCCACGAAUGUAGCCCUGUAUCAGGGAGACUGGGUUUGGCUGAAGAAGUUUGAAGCAGGCACAGCCCCUGACCUGCGCCCGAGCUGCCUCAGCCUCCUGAGAAAGAUGCGUGACAUGCGGCACGAGAACGUGGCAGCCUGCCUGGGCUUUUUCGUGGGCCCUGGGGUCAGUGCUCUGGUGCUGGAGUACUGUUCCCGGGGCAGCCUGGAGGACCUGCUGCGGAACGAGGCCCUGCAGCUCGACUGGACCUUCAAGGCCUCCCUGCUGCUGGAUCUGAUCCGCGGCAUGCGGUAUCUGCAUCACCAACAUUUCCCUCACGGCCGCCUCAAGUCCCGGAACUGUGUGGUGGAUGGACGCUUUGUGCUCAAGGUCACUGACCACGGUUAUGCGGAGCUCCUGGAUGCCCAGCGGUCUGCCCCGCCAGCUCCAGAAGAGCUACUGUGGACAGCUCCUGAGUUGCUGCGGGAACCUGGGGGGCCCCGGCAGGGCACCCUCAAAGGGGACAUCUUCAGCAUAGGCAUCAUCCUGCAGGAGGUGCUGACUCGGGGCCCACCCUACGGCGGCUUGGGUCUCCCAGCGGAAGAAAUCAUCAGAAAGGUGGCAUCUCCCCCUCCCCUGUGCCGGCCACUGGUGUCCCCUGACCUCGGGCCACCCGAGUGUAUCCAGCUAAUGAAGCAGUGCUGGGAGGAGGCUCCAGAUGACAGACCAAGCUUGGACCAGAUUUACAGCCAGUUCAAAAGCAUCAACCAAGGCAAGAAGACCAGUGYCGCUGACUCCAUGCUGUGGAUGCUGGAGAAGUACUCCCAGAACCUGGAGGGCCUGGUCCAGGAGCGGACGGAGGAGCUGGAGCUGGAGAGGCGGAAGACAGAAAGGCUGCUCUCGCAGAUGCUCCCUCCGUCUGUGGCCGAAGCUCUGAAGAUGGGAGCAACUGUGGAACCAGAGUACUUUGAUCAAGUCACCAUCUACUUCAGUGAUAUUGUGGGUUUUACCACCAUCUCAGCUCUGAGUGAGCCCAUCGAGGUGGUAGGCCUGCUCAAUGACCUCUACACAUUGUUUGAUGCUGUUUUGGGCAGUCACGAUGUCUAUAAGGUGGAGACCAUCGGGGACGCCUACAUGGUGGCAUCGGGGCUGCCCCAGCGCAAUGGGGACCGGCACGCAGCCGAGAUCGCCAACCUGGCCCUGGACCUCCUGAGCUCUGUGGGGGACUUCCGGAUGAGGCACGCGCCCGGUGUGCCUGUACACAUCAGGGCCGGCCUGCACUCAGGGCCCUGUGUGGCAGGGGUCGUGGGUCUCACCAUGCCUCGGUACUGCCUGUUUGGGGACACUGUCAACACCGCAUCCCGGAUGGAGUCCACGGGGCUGCCGUACAGAAUUCAUGCCAGCCGGAGCGCCGUGGAAGCGCUGCUCGGCCUCGAUGAGGGCUACGAAGUUGCUGUCCGGGGUCAGACUGAGCUGAAGGGGAAGGGCGUACAGGAGACCUACUGGCUGGUGGGGAAGGCAGGAUUCCCCAGACCCCUCCCCACACCGCUGCCCAUCCAACCCGGAGACCCCUGGCKGGACCUCAUCAACCAAGAAAUCAAGGCAGCCUUUGCCAGAGCCCGCCAGGGUGCAGCGGGGCCCUCGAGCUCAGAGGAGGCCCCAGCCCAGCCCUGA